AUGGCUGACCGGGUGGAUAUUUGCAAGGCGAUCAUCGGCACGGACGGAGGCGACAACUUCAUGUUCCACCUGCUCGACUCCUGGCCUGCGUCACUGGGAGAGUUGAGGCUCAUCGAGACCUUGGACUGGUUUCUGACCUCGCCCGUGGAGACCCUCAUGUGGGAUGCGCAGACCAGGCAGCAGGACUUCGCCAGCGCCUGGCUGCGGCUGCUCUGCAGCGCGCUGAUGCAGCCGGAACCGCUGCCCGCGCAGGCGCUGGGAAACACGCUGCAGAUCGCUGGGGCGUUUCAGGAGGUCUUGGUGAAGGGCAGUUUGUUCGAGCAGCUGGUCACAAACCUGGUGAUGGGCAUUUGCUUCAACAAGGACCCCGAGAAGCUUUGUGCCACCAUGUACUCGGUGCGGCAGCUUCUGCAAGACGGGCUGGUGCAGCGCCUAGCUGCGCAUUCCCGCUUUGAGACCCUGGUGUCGCUGGUGGUUGCCAACCUUCGCCUGGCCACAGAGGAGCAGGACGACGUGCUGCAGGUGCUGGCCUUGCUCUUGAAGAACCGAGUCACCCAGCGAUCUGCCGGAGCCCCAGAGUCCCAGAGUUCCGGCCCGGCAGAGAUACCUUGCGGGGACUCACAGCUCAAGGCCUAUGUCCUGAACCAGCUGGAGAAGCUCACCAAAGAUGUGGACUGCUUGAUCUUCCCGGCAUCCCUCAAUGCAAAGCAGAGGAAACUUGCGCACGAGCUAGCGCAAGAAAGCAAGCUUUGCUCCGCGUCUUGCGGCUCAGGCGUGGAGCGGCGGCUGCAGGUCUUCAAGCCCGGGAAGCUGCCCCAAGUGGACCUGCACCGCGAGGAACAGCUGAGCCGGAAACUGUCUUCACUGCUGCGGCACAGCGCAGAGCAGCGCGGCAUAGGCAUCCUGUCGGACGGCUUCGCGCCGCUCGCGGAGAUCCUGGCUCUGCCGGAGUUUCGGGCUGGGAGCUACACCGUGGAGGAGGUGGAGCAGCUGCUCCGUCGGGACCCCAAACGGCGCUUCGAGCUGACGGUCUCCGCCUCGGAGCGAUGGCUGCGCGCCACCCAGGGCCACACCAUGCGCCUCGUGCAGGACGAUGAGCUGCUGACGCCGUUGCAAGAUCUGGGCAGCUGCAUUCAUGGCACCUACCUCUCAGCGUGGCAGGAGAUCCGCCGCAGCGGGGGCCUGUCGCGCAUGGCGCGGAACCACAUCCAUUUCACCACGCGCCUUCCUACUGACCAGCCGGUGAGCGGCAUGCGCAGCGACUGCCAGGUUGCAAUCUACGUGUCGGCUGCCAGCGCGAUGGCCGCGGGGAUCAAGUUCUUCCAGAGUUGCAACGGAGUCAUCCUCACGCCCGGUGACACGCAUGGCAGGCUUAGCUUGGCUCACGUUGAGAAAGUGGUGUGUCUGGCGGAUGGCCACAUACUUUGGCCGGAGCCGGCCAGCGACGAGGAGGUGGUGCUGUUGCCGCAGAGCAACUUUCUUUGCGAUCCAAAGGCGGACAGCGAUGAAGAGGUCGUGUUUUGCAAGCCUAUGAUCAGCAUGGACUUGCCAAAGUGGAGCUACAUCCUUGAUUCAUACUAA